CAACCGACAAAACACCAAGAGUUUUAGCACCGCUAAUCUUUGCUUUACUUCAUUAACUACUGUCCUAAUCAACUUUUCUUUCUUUAAUCCUUCUCUCUUCAACUUGCUCACUCACUUGAAUCUAACCCCACUGUUCACACUCCACUGCUCUUCUCUCUCUCUCACACACACAAACACACACAACCAUUUCUACCUCACAUUAAAGAUCAAGAAACAGAGAGAGAAAGAAGCUAGAGAGAGAAACAACAAUGGGUGCUGUUUCUCUGAAAAUCGGAGACGGCACAGCAAGAUUCAAAAGGGCAACAAUGUAUUCCUCCGCCGUGAAUUUCCUGAUGCUUUUUUCAGUAAUCACCACAAAUCUCUUCGCUCUCUACGCAUUCACAUACCACACCCCAACCAUCCACCAUUACAGCAACAACAACAGCUACCCUAAAAACAUCUCCUUAAUCUCCGAAAAAGUCAGCUUAAUCCUGCGCGAGAUCGAAUCGUCCCAGAAGAAACUAACCCAGAUGGAAAAACAGCUCCUCGGCUACGAAAGCAUCGAUCUUUCCAGACCAAACAUCGCAAUCGAGCUCAAACAGUUCUUGAACCACCAUCUACUCCCCUUGGGUAAAGAUUCAAGAACUGGGAUCACUGAAAUGGUGGCCUCAGUGGGCCACUCCUGCGAGAAAUCCGUGGAUUUGCUGUCCGAAUUCAUGAAUUAUAAAGUCAACGGUCUUUGCCCCGACGACUGGAGCCUCGGUCAGAAGCUGAUUCUUCGGGGGUGCGAGCCUCUCCCGAGGAGGAGGUGCUUUGCGAAAGCAAUCCCUAAAUUGGGGUUUCAGUCUUUUCCGAUUUCGCUUUGGAAAAAUGUUAGCGAGAAGAGUUUUAGCUGGAGUGGAUUAGGCUGCAAGAAUCUCGCUUGUCUGAAUAUCAAGAAGCUGAAUCGAGACUGCGCCGGUUGUUUCGAUAUUGUCAAGGGCUACGAGACGCAGAAAUACGUGAAGGGUCGGAGCAAGAACGAUUUCUUGAUCGAUGAUGUGCUUGCGAUGGUGGUGGGUGGUGGAGGGAUUCGAAUCGGGUUCGAUAUCGGUGGUGGCUCCGGCACUUUUGCCGCCAGGAUGGCGGAGAGGAACGUAACUAUAGUCACCGCCACUCUGAAUGUCGAUGCCCCUUUCAACGAAUUCAUUGCCUCGAGGGGGCUUUUCCCCCUCUACCUUAGCUUGGAUCAUAGGUUUCCGUUUCAAGAUAAUGUCUUCGAUUUGGUUCACGCGGCGAACGGAUUGGACGUUGGGGGUAGAUCGGAGAAAUUGGAGUUCUUGAUGUUUGAUAUAGACCGUGUGCUUAGGACAGGUGGCUUGUUUUGGUUGGACAACUUUUAUUGCUCGAGCGAUGACAAGAAGAGUGCUCUCACUCGUUUGAUCGAACGGUUCGGGUAUAAGAAGUUGAAGUGGGUUGUGGGGGAGAAAGUUAACGGUGCCGGUAAAUCGGAGGUUUACUUGUCUGCGGUUUUGCAGAAACCGGUGAGGGUAUAGUUUGAAAAGAUUCGAUUUUUCUUGGUUAUUGUUCGAAUAAGUGAAGGCCGAACGAUUUGAUUUGGAUCAUAGGGUUAUUUUAUCUAUAGUUGCAACUACGAAAAAAAGGUGCGAUUUUUAAAUUUUACGCGGUCUCUUGUUACAUUCGAUUUGAUUGCUUUAUAGGGAUAGAGAAGAAGAUUAAUAUAGCAAUGGAUUAUGUGGUUCGAAUAUCUAUUACGUGAUGUGAGAUUUCGAAGUUUUCGAAUUUUAGUUGAUAAAAUGUUUCUGCAUAAGUUCUUGGUUUGAUAUUGUGAACUAUAGAUACAAAUAGUUUUGUUAUAGAUUCCAUGCUUAUACAUGGUUGCAUUGAAUUGGGGGCUAUGCUA